AUGCCGUCCGUUUAUCUGGGUGUGCAUUUGCCGUUCAAGCCGUAUCACAAGCUAAAGGUGGAAAAUGUCGAUCUGGGUGGUCGAACAGAAACGCUACGUUCGGAGGCGGCCAAACUAAUUAAGGACGAUGUUGCGGCGGAUGAUUUCGAAUUGGUGUACUGUGGCAGUCUGCUGAAAACCGACGACAUACUGCAGAACAAAGGCAUCAGCGAUGGUUCAAUGAUACACGUCAUACAGAAACGUCGCGAACAGGACGUUCCUCCCAGUGAACAGAAGCCGCAAGAGGAUCGGGAGAUUACGGAAGCAGAAGUACAGGCCGUACUGUCGAUAUGGCGCACGGUAGAUUCAUCUAACUUCCAGAAGGUACGGCAGCCCGAGUUCAUGAAGAACGUGCUCGAUGCGUACCCGGCGAUACGGCGCAAUCUGUUCGUGCUCACGCUGCUGAAAGACCCGAUACUGCUCUCCUCCAUGCAGCAACCGGAAACGAUACGCCGGGUCGCACCGAAACAUCCGGUGCUGCUCGAAGCAUCACGCACGAUCGUACAACUACUCAACUCCAAGAUGAUCUCCAAGGUGGCCAACUGUCAUCUGUCCGCACCGCUCGACAGUGCGCUCGAUGAUCCGCUGUCCGAUUCGUCCUCGAGCGACGACAACACCGUCUCACCGACUACUUCGGCAGCGCCACCCAACACAAUCCGCCGCAUUACGGCCGACAAUCUUGCGUCCGCGCUGGCAUUUGCUGGUUCGCGCGGUUCGUACAAUUCACUGUCGAACAUUUCGCAGCGCGAUGCGGACAGUCGUGCCAAUCAGCAGGACCUGGCAGCCGAUGGGUCAACCGUUGCCGGGACCGACACCAAUCUACCUUCUACUUCAUCGGCCACCAGUAGCCAACCUACCUCCUCCAAUAAUGCUGCCACCGGACGGAUCACAUCCAGCAUGCUACUGGAUGCAAUCUCGCUGAUGUUCGAACAGCAACGGGGCGAACAAGCUGCCGGGUCCGGGUCUGCAGGGGGAAACGCAGUCGCUACCAACCAGCAAGGAACGACGCUGACCGGGUCUGCUCCAACGGUUGAACCGAUGGACACGAGUCCAGCCACAGCUAGCACAGUCAGAGCACCAGAACCAAUGGGCAACGAUCUGGGAGCACAAACACUGUCCCAGCAUUCGACACUGGCGGCCAGCAUCGGACAGUACCGGCGGGAGCUGGAUACGAUGCGCGAGAUGGGCCUAACCGACACGGAAACGAACCUGCAGGCGCUGAUCGUAUGCAACGGGAAUGUUGAAUCGGCCAUCAAUCUCGUCUUCGGUGGCAUGAGCAAUUGA